AUGGAUAGCAACGACGACAACGGUACACCACGGCCGGAGUAUCUCGACAGUCCGGCAAACCAGCGCCAAGCAUCGUCCGCCCUAGGGUGGCUGCUGCUGUACAGUGCGGCAAUGUUUACGCUUCCGUUUGCGGCGUUCUAUAGCACACGGUACACACUGACACACUAUCUGCACAUCGACGGGUUUCCCAACACUUGCGGUUCGGUCGUAGCGGCCGUACUGGUCGUGAACAUGAUCAUCCUGCUGUAUGCUCUCCGCGGGUAUGAAGAUGCGAAGGAAGACGACAAUCCUCCGACACCACCGAAGGAAGAGCGCGACGGAACGAAGGAAUCUAAAAAGUCGAAUUAG